AUGAGCUUCAGCUCCUCCUUUUUAUGGGAAAUAGCAGUUGUUCUUGUAAUUGCAGUCACUCUUAUCUCUCCCCAGGCAAUCAGGACAGGGGUGGACUGGCUUCUUGCUGCUGCCAGAGCAGUGUCACUUUCAUUCCAGUUGUAUUCCUCUGUAACUCUAGAUCUGUGCUCCUCUGUGCUGCUGUCAGCUAUGGCCAGCAGUUCACCCUUUGUUGUUUCUAUAGAUUUUGGCACGUCCUACAGUGGGUACUGUUUUUCCCUUGCUUCAGGCACAGACCAAAUCCGCCAGGUGUUCUGGGGAACGGAGCAUGGGCACAGUUCCUUGAAGACACCCACCUGCAUCCUGUUCAACGAGAAUCAGGAGUUCGCAAAAUUUGGCUAUGAUGCUGUGAUGAAGUACAAGAGCUUGCCAGCCAGCGAAGCUCACAAGUGGUACUUCUUCCGGAACUUCAAGAUGAGCCUGUACAACAGGAAAGUCACUUCUGACAUGAGGCUGGAAGCAAGCAAUGGAAAGACCCUUCCUGCCCUGUUGGUCUUUGCUGAAAGCCUGCGCUACAUGGAGCAGCAUGCCCUGAACACUAUCCAGGAAGCCUCUUCCAAUACCGUUUGUGACCUGGAGGAAAUCACUUGGGUUAUUACUGUCCCAGCCAUAUGGAGCACAGCUGCCAGGCAGUUCAUGCGGCUGGCAGCAAAAGAGGCAGGACUUAUCUCUGACAUGAUUUCUGAGAAGCUGAUUAUUGCCCUGGAAUCAGAGGCUGCAUCACUCUGGUGUAAACAGCUUCCACAGGAAGGGUUUCUUGCAGAGGGCAGUGACAAGAGAAAGUUUGAAGACUCCCCUGGGAUCCAGUAUGUUGUCGUUGACUGUGGAGGUGGCACAGUGGACAUCACAGUACACGAGAUCCAAGAAAACCAUUGCCUGAAAGAGUUACACAAGGCGUCUGGAGGUGGAUGGGGAGGCAACAGAGUGGAUGAAAACUUCAGUAUGUUUCUCAGGGAGGUGUUUGAUGACGGCGUAUGGGAUGAAUACGUGAAGAGCUACCCUAUCGAAUGGCAACGGAUGAUGUACAACUUCAGCUUCCAGAAAUGCUCUGCUGACGGGGAGGCAGUCUACUUGCAUUGCUAUUACAAUUUGGCCAAACUUGCAGAAAGAAAGAAGGGCAUCUCCCGCUUCUUCGAAAAAACAACAGGGGCUGUGUGGUGUGAUGGGAUGAUCAUGAUUACAUACGAGAAAAUGAAAAGCUUUUUUGAAUAUAGCAUCCAAAAAAUUAUUGCUGCUUUGAGAGAAAUCCUUGCCAAGCCUGAGAUGGCCAAGGUCCAGUACAUUUUGCUUGUGGGAGGCUUCGCAUCCAGCGUCAUGCUGAGACAUGAGGUCAGGCAGGCUUUUAGUAAGAAAUAUCAUAUAUUUUGUCCACUAGAGGCCCAGAUUGCCAUUGCAAAAGGGGCUGUUUUAUUUGGAAUCAAUCCAAAAAUUAUUACUUCAAGAAUCAGUGCUCGGACAUAUGGCCUAUCUGUAAGUAGGGACUUUGAUGCAGCUAUCCAUGACAUCCGUAAACGAAGAGUCUCAAAAGCUGAUGGCCGUGUCUAUUGCAAAAAUCUCUUCUGGAAAUUGGUGGGAACUGGGGAGUCAGUGAGUAUAAAUGAAGCUGCCCAAUAUAUUUUCACACCAAUAAAACCAGAUCAGACAAGUGUAUUGUUUGCUUUUUAUUCCACAGAAAAGCAGGAUGCACAGUACGUAGAUGAGGAAGGGCUGGAACUGCUUGGUUCAUGCACAGUACCAAUGCCAGACACAAAGUUAGGGAGGAAACGCAAACUGGUUCUGCAUAUUAAGUUUGGGCUUAAUGAAUUUAAAGCCACUGCUACUGACGUUACUUCCAAACAAAGUCGGACAAUUACAAUAGACUUUUUAUCAGUGUAAAUACUUGAGUCUUAGAGCAGCACGGCUUAAGUGGGAGGUGCCAGCUGCCACAAUGGAAAGGCAAAUGGACCAUGAAGUCCAUCAUCUGUCCUUCUUCUCACACAAGUAAAACAGUUUGCAAUUCUGAUUCCCUGAUUCCUUGCAUUUUGCUGUACUACCAGUAGAAUCACCUGCACCUUGUCAGUAUGUGAUACAAUGCUUCUUGACUGGUGCCUAACUCCCACAAGUACCAGCCCAUAUCUGUUUCUUUUAGCCUUCAGCCACAUCGUAUAAUUAUCAUCAUAGAACCACCAUAGAAUGUCUUGAGUUGGAAGGGACUCCAAGGGUCAUCAAGUUCCAAGCCUCCUGCCAUAGGCAGGGCCACCAACCUCCAGAUCUGGCACUAGAUCAGGUUGCCCAGGGCCCCAUCCAACCUGCCCUCGAACACCUUCAGGGACAGAACUUCUCUGGGCAGCCUGUUCCAGCAGCUCAUCACGCUGUCUGUAAAGAACUUCCCCCUGACAUCCAAUCUAAAUCUUUUUAUGAUUUUUAUGAUUUUUGGUUAUGAUUUUAUGAUUUUUGGUUAUCAGUAUUCCACAUCAUAACAUCAUGUAGUGUACUGGGAGUUAUAAAGAGUUAAUGCUCCGAUUCUGUGUACCUGUCCCAGAAGAGAAGAGCUACAUCCGACAGAGGACGGUUCACUGUUCUGUUACUGUUUCCGCUCAGAGGGAGAGAUAAAAACCAUUCAGAUCAUUUGACCGUCCCUUAUUCUCCUCUGCUCGGCCCGACUAGACAUCUCACUUCAGCAUUAGAGCAAGGCCUUUGGAUUUCAGACACUUUAAUUUAAUUGCUUUAUUAGCUUCAAUUCUAAUCUGUUAUAUUAUAGUGUGUCGUCUACAUUCUGAUAUCUUAGUAAAUUCGUUUAUUUUCAAAUCACUGCCUCUGUUUUGUUUUUAGGCCCAUCUCCCUACCCUUUUCCCCCUUUCUCCCUUUUUCCCUUUCCUGGGCCUUGGUCUAUGGGUCCCCCCACCCCACUAGUCACGGAACCGGGCCGAACCAGCCCAAAAACCACUGACAAGAGGGUGCUUGGCUCCAGUGAAGCCCUUGGAAGCAAGUAAUACCUGAAUUUCUCGAGGAGCAGAUGUGGUGGCCCAGCACGCAGUAGCAGGGCAUGCUGACAUAGAUGGGGUGAUGAGGUGGAGCUGGAGCAACCCGUGCUUUCUGCCCCACCGCCACACAGCUGUGAAUUUGUAAGGACCUCAGUGCAUUGCUCUCACCUCCACCAGGAAAGAGAAAAGGAAAAGCACAGGUGUGAGAUGAAAGAGUCCAGAAAUAGGCUACCUACGCUAUCUUGUCCCUGCGCUAAGCGCCUCUACAUUCACUCAGCGUUUCAAAUUCCUCCCACAGCAGAGCUGCAUGGGGCAGUGAGGCACUGGAGCAGGUUGCACAGACAGGUGGGGGAUGCCCUGCCCUGGAGGUCAGGCUAGAGGGGCUCUGAGCACCCUAUCAAUCUGUGGGUGUCCCUGCUCAUUGCAGGGGAGUUGCACCAGAUGGCUUUUGUAGGCUCCUUCCAACUCAAUGAUUCUUUGAUAGUUCUAUUACAUGCCUUCAGAGGUCUCUGUAAGGUAGCAGCCAUCCCUUUCCAUCCUCCCCAGGCACUGGGCUGGCCUUGCUCACUAUGCCCACUCUUUCCCUCCCCCACACCAUCCCAAACAAUGAGGCUUUGUCUCCACACGCAUCCAGCAGGGUGGUUCCUUAGGCCCCUAAGCCCUAUUUUGUGUGCGUGCUCUGAGCUUAACCAGCACAUUCCUGCCAGAGGUUAAGCCUGGGCACCAUGUGGAUAAUCCGAGGUUUUUUGGCCUCCUUCUCCCACUGACAGUCAUGAUAAUGAGCCCAUGUGUGUCAGCCGUUCUCCUGCCCCUCACCUCUUCCUCUCUUUCAAGCCUGUAGGCCUCAGGGACAGAACAGGAUCAUAGCUACAAAGCAGGAGAAUUAGGGUGGAAAGGUCCUGCUGCAGGCCCAGCAUCCUGUACUGGUUCAUCUGCUGCCUUAGAAUGCCACAGCCCUUCAAGGUACCACAGCCUGGCUGUCCAUGGGUGCUUUGUCAUCACCAUCAAAGUAUAUCAUUCAGCCUCAAUGGUGUCUGCCAUCUGCCUGGUCCCAAGGCCAAAGUGUGAACCACAGCAGAGCAGAGGGCUGUGAGGAAAGAAGUGGCCAUGACACGAGAGUAGGACUGGAUUGAGUUGCCAGAGCUGGAAAGGGCAUCUUCAGAGAGCAGGAGCCAGAAGGGCUGGAAGCUGGGACGGCAGGGCACCAAGGUGCCCUGAGCACAGCAACAUUCUUGAGAACAAAGCAGAAAAAUCGAAGAAAGAGGCCAAGCACUGGAUUAGGUAGGGGGUAGGAAGGGAGGAGAGUCAAUCUUUUUCUUCCCCACUGAAAAUCCCCUAUUUUCCCUUCUCUCCUGGA